AUGGGUAGCGUACCGCAGAAGCAGCCCACCGAGGCCGAGCUGCUCGCCACCAGUGCCGGCUAUGUCCAGACCUUCCCUGCGCCUGGUCUUCGCCGAACUGUCCGCCACAUCACCGGCCACAACGACAAGGGCGAGGGCAUCUUCAUGACCACCGACUGCGGCGAGCACCACCGUAUCAUUGGAAACGAGCAGGCGCUUGCCAACAUCAUCUACUCCACCAAGGAGACCCCUGUUGAUAUGGCUGGUGAUGCCGACCUGAAGUAUGCCAAGGAGAACGAGCCUGGACUGCACAUCCACAAUGGCUCGGUCGUGCGUAUGAUGGACUUUGCUCCCGACGUGCUCUCGCCGAUGCACCGUGCUGUCUCACUCGACUAUGGCAUCGUGAUCGAGGGAGAGUUCAAGCUGAUCCUUGAUUCUGGUGAGACCAGGAUCAUGCGACAGGGUGAUGUCAGCGUGAACCGUGCUUCUGCUCACCAGUGGCACAACAUUACCGGCAAUGGCACCCUGCCCGGCCGGAUGAUGUGGGUUCUCCUCGACUGCAAGCCGCUGACCAUCGCCGGCAAGGAGCUGGGAGAGGAGCUCAACGAGCUCGCUCCUUACUAUGUUCAGAAGUAG